CGAUAGGAUAGCCCACUUUAUGCUACAUAAAUUGUUUUAGUAGGUCAGAAUUGAACUUUGUCACUCUACUCCCCUGUGCUCGGUAGAGAUUCGCCCGGACAGAGAAAUCGAUGAAAUGGCGAACAAGAAGGCGGUUUUGUUCAACCUGUGGGGGGUCGUUGUUUCUCCCAGACCCGCAGAAGUUUUACUCAAAUUCGAAGAAACCCACAAACUCCCCCGGUAGGAAUCAAUAUUUGUCCAUGCAUUGUUCAGCGCAUGUUGAUGGACACUGAAAUAGUAGUUAGUUCUGCGUAUGUUCGGAAUAAUAAACAUUUGGCUACGCAACACAACAACAACACGGUGAUUUUGUUACUGAAAUUACAGUUUGACCAUAGUCUAGUCCAGGGUUUCCCAAAUUUGGGUGAGUUGUCAACUAACGUGAAUUCAACGUGAAAUCAACAAAACAUUUCACCAUGUCAUUGGAUUUAGGUUAAAAGAUGGGUGAAGAAAAGACAACUCUAAUAUUGAUUACUUUUUGGAAAUCCAAUCAGUUUUCCACGUUGAUUCAACGUCAUCACAUUAUUAUUAUUAUUAUUAUUGUUAUUUAUUUUUAUGACUUGUUGAUUCAACCCGUUUUUGCCCAGUGGGUAGGGUGCUAGGAGGUAUAGGGGGUAGAAGAUUAUGGCAUAGGGUUUCACACUAGUGUGUUAAAAUCCAUUUAAUCAGUUUUAUUUUUUAAAUUCUUUACUAAGUACUACUUAAAAGCUAAGUCUAUUUGUCUUAUUUUAAUGAUUUAAAUAAAAUAUGGGGGGGGGGAUGGUGUUGCACGUCACCAUUAAUAUCUGCACUAUGAGGAGAUUUGAUGUAAAGUCCUUCUUUUUGACUCAUCUGCACAUGAAUGUUCUUUGUUUGUUGUUCCUUUUCCAAACAAUCCAUUAUGUAUAAUUGCACUAAAUAUGAUUUGAAUAAUGCAAGAUUUUAAAUCCCAGCAGUCUUUAAAAUUACAUUCAGGAGCAAAAGGUUUUCAACAGUUGUUUUUUAAUUCAUAAAAACAAAAUUCAUUGGAAUAUAAUAUUGGAAUAUAAAUAACAUUAAAUAACAUUGGAAUAUAACAUUUAAUAACAAUAACUAAUUAACUCAGUGUAACAUUGAUGUGGCAACUCUCUUAUGCUCUGCUAUUGCACGAUUCUAAUUUGUACCUGUAGAUCACAAAUAAAGCUAUCCCCAGUCAAACUGGAGUCCACCUCCUGAACUGCUCACACCUAAUCCAGUCCCCACCUGUGACUGAAAACAUGGGGAGAGAUGCUAAUUGAAAGCUAGCUAUAUGACUGCUGUGUAAAAUAGCUAAAAGGCUAUAAAGCUGCAUUAACUGUAAAGCUAUCAGUCACUAUUGGAAACAUUUACAACUGAAAUUAAGUUACGUUAUAUAUUUUUAUGUAUUUUACCUCCGACGAUCUGAAUGUGAAUUACAGAGGGGAGGGGGGGGGGGCAGUUACCCCAGGGGGCUAGUUACCCCCUACUAUUCUACAUCCCGCAUAGCCUUGUAUUGCAGCCCAUUUUACUUGUCCCAAAUCAUUCUGAAAGCGAAAAAGCAUGGGACAACAUUUUUACGUGGACUGAAUGGAAGGGAAUAUGGAGUAUUUUUUAAAUAAAUCCAUCCGAAAUGGCGCUAAACUCACAGACAGACAGACUUAUUGUGUGUGUGUGGUAUGAGGUGUUGUACGCGUCUAUACCUCGAUUGUAAAAUGUAAUAAUUAAACUAACAACUGAUAAAGUCAAAGCCGCAAUAGAGUAGUGUGGUGCAACAUGUGUAAAUUUAUGGUUCUGUUUUUUUAGUGGUUUUCUGGAGAAGGUGGUGACUGACAAGCACAGCGCCAUGCAACGCGCAGAGCGGGGCAAACUCACACUCUCUCAGGUGAGUGAAAGGCGCUGCAUGGUCAAUCCGACAUCUGCGUUGGGCCUUGCAGCGUUUACGGUUAUACAGCCUCUGCAGAAGUCAGGGGAUUCAUACUUCUUAACGCUUCGCUGAGCUGCGCAGAGCUGUUGAGCAGAGCUGUUGUCAAGGAAGUUGUCAAGGAAGUCAGUUCGUGUUCAUACAGGACCUCCCGCCCCCUCACCUACCGUCAACCAAUCAUGUCAGUGUGGAGCUAUAAGGAGCCCUCCACAUUGUUACAAAAAUUAAGGCGCACGGUGAUGCGGUACGGAGCUCAAUUUGGCCUCUGCAUGACUCUGGAGGCUCCACAAUUGCGUCACACCCUCCAUACAUGACACAGCAGAAAUAGUAUAGUCUAUGUAUAUUAUGACCCAUUGGAAUGUGCCUUCUAUUGACAUGUGCCUUCUAUUGACAUGUGCCUUCAAUUGAAACUUGCCUUCCAUGGAAAUUCUUGCAUCACCUUACGUGACAAGUGACGACAAGUCAUUGUGUGUGUGUGUGUGUCUACUACGGUGUAGAUGAUCCCAGAGCUUGAUGCAGAGUGUGUGAGUGCAGCGUCCGACCAGAAGGUCAGUCUUCCUGCUGGGUUCUCUGUUAAGAGCCUGUUGGAGGAAUUCAGAGACUCGACCACCGUCAACAAACAUAUUCUGCAGACCGUAGCUACGCUCCGCAGACAAGGUAACACACAUAUACACACACACCUGACACAGAGUUCACAUUGUACAGUCUAAGGUCACAUGCCAAGUCCCGUUUCUUUGUGUUGUCUGUCAGGGUUAUUGACAGGUGUGUUGGCCAACCAGUGGGUGGAUGACAGUGGGUGUGGAGAUAGCUCUGGCCGGCUCCUGUCUCUGCUGGGCGGCCAUUUUGAUGUGGUGCUACAGUCCUGUCGUACAGGCCUCAGGGUCCCAGAAACCGACCUGUUCACCUCCGCUCUCACACAGCUGGGAGUGCCUCCAGAACAGGUACACAGACACACCAAGGCCCAGCGGGAGUGCCCCCAGAACAGGUACACAGACACACCAAGGCCCAGCGGUAGUGCCCCCAGAACAGGUACACAGACACACCAAGGCCUAGCGGUAGUGCCCCCAGAGAAGGUAGUGGUGACCUAUCUGUCUGUAAAGGCUGAGCUCAGCACAUAUGAUAACUUUAUUAAAAGUCAAAAUUAAAUGUAAUCAAUAACAUUUUGAUCAUAUUUGCAACGGCUCCUGAUAUCAAUGUCUUGAAGUCACUGCUUCCACCUCCCAUGGAAAAAGUCAUUAAAUUCCUUACAUGCACAUUCCUAAAACCAGACACACACCUGCCUUUAUACAUCUCAGUUUACAACGUUUGCACAUGGCACUAGAAAUCCUUAUCUGACCUCCCUGUGUAGAGUUGCUCUCAGCUAUUGUGUCAUUUAACAACAGGAAGUUAUGUGUAACAGAGUUAAGAAUGUGCUGUAAGCUCACUCCACAGCUAACUUGAAAUGUUGCCAAUAGUGCUAUCGAAUUGGAUCCUUUUCUAUAACUUAACUGGUUUGUACGUUGUCAAGCGGGUGGUCACAUCAUCAUAAUAAUAAUAAUAAUAAUAAUAAUAAUAUGUCAUUUAGCAGACGCUUUUAUCCAAAGCGACCUACAUUCAUGUGUGCAUACAUUUUUACGUAUGGGUGGUCCCGGGGAUCGAACCCACUACCCUGGCGUUACAAGCGCCAUGCUCUACCAGCUGAGCUACAGAGGACCACGUGUGUUGGCGAGGUAGUGGACCCUGGUUCAAGCCCAGUCAGAGGCAGGUUCAUGGAGGCAGGGCCAUUUUCAGUAGUGUGGGCAGACAAUGGUGAUAGUUCUCAUACUUCCUUCUCUCUUUAUAACACAUUUCAUGCAAUUCUACUCAUUUUGCCAUGGAGUGGAGAUAAAUUUUUUCAAGAUAAUUUCCUACAAUUCUACACAUUUUGCCAUGACCGAUGCCGCGUUCACGUGCUGUCGGGAGUUAUUGACAGCAAGCUAGCAAACUUUAUUAUUAGCAACAGUAGCCAGCUUAUCAAGCUAGCUAAAAUCGAAUUGGUUGAAGAAUUGUUCCGACUUCAAAAGCACGUGAACACAAUCAUGUCGGACUUAUGAAUUCCCAGUUUCCCAUUUCCUACUAGCACAUAAAGCCACCCUUGUGCCAUGUUAAUGAUAUCUGAGUGAGGGUGACUAACACAAUCAAUGGGGGUCCCCUGGAGGUCAGGGCCCCUGGGCACAUGCUCUGCGUGCCCGGUCGGUAUUUGGCCAUGAUUACUACUAAGUUGGCUAACUUGCCAAUCGAAAAAUUGUUAGCUGACAUGGCUAACAUGUGACGUGACUGACACAACAAGAUAAAAAUAGCUGACGCACAACCACAUUUCGAACUUGCAACUUGUGUAUUCUACUAUUCUAACGCUCAAUACUGAAACAGCCUGGGCCCUAAUGUUGCUUAUGCCUUGAGCCGGUCCUGGUCUUUCCUCUCCUUCUUCAAACCUUCCCCUAGACCACUGCGUUCCAGGUGUUGUGAGUGGACAGCUGACCUGUCAGUCUGUAUUUCAGGCUCUGUGGUUGGCUGAUGAUGAGGAGGGGGUGGGAGCAGCAGAGGCAGUAGGGAUGACAGCUGUUCUGGUGAAGGACCUGCCUGAAGCUCUGAAACAAGUAGAGACUUUCACUGGAGUACAGGUAACACACAUACACACACACACACACACAAUGAUAUGCUGUAACUUUCCUUGUCAGUAACAAUGUCUGUGAGAAUGUGAUGGUUAUUUUUCAGAUUUAAAGUAAACGUGUUGUCUCCGACUUCCCUGGUACAUUAGCCAGCCGCAUUAUUCCAAACCCCUUUUUAAAUUAAAGUCUUGUAUUUAAAAUGUUAUGGUGAUUUCAGGAAACUCUGUUCUGAGGGUAGCAGAUAGAUAAUAUCUCCCUUUAUGUCUAUAAUUUAAAUUUCCUCAGGGAAUCAAUCAAGUAGCCUACUAUUCAAUGUUGGUUUUGUUAUGGAGGAGAAGUGUGUGUGUGUGUGUGUGUGUGUGUGUGUGUUCUAGGUGGUAACAGGGGAAAGCUACCCAGCCUCUUGCAACCCAGAGGAAGUCUCUCAUGGAUAUAUCACCAUCAAGGUAACAACACACACAAUGCUGUAUGUAGCAGAAAGAGUAUACAUGAUUACACAAUGGUAUUACUUUAAUGAAGAACUCACUCACCCCCCCCCCCCCCCCCUGUAUGUCUCUCUCUCUAGCCCGGUGUAAAGCUGCACUAUGUGGAGAUGGGGGCGGGGCCUCCAGUCAUGCUGUGUCAUGGCUUCCCUGAGAGCUGGUACUCAUGGAGAUACCAGGUAAACACACAUACACAAGCACACACACACACACACAACUACUCACUCACUCUCUAUCGCUCUGUAUCUCUCUCUCUCGCUCUGUAUCUCUCUCUCUCGCUCUGUAUCUCUCUCUCUCGCUCUGUAUCUCUCUCUAUCGCUCUCUAUCGCUCUCUAUCGCUCUCUAUCUCUCUCUAUCUCUCUCUCUCGCUCUCUCAGAUCCCAGCUCUAGCUGAUGCAGGGUUUAGAGUGUUAUCUCUGGACAUGAAGGGCUAUGGAGAGUCUACAGCUCCACAAGGUUAGUGUGUGUGUGCACAUUUCGACUGAUAAGUUUAGGCAUUCAUUCCUAAGGGUUAAGGUAAGGGUUAAGGUAAGGGUUAAGGUAAGGGUUAAGGGUUGAAACAAAAAAUAUAUAAAAUAUAACUGUAGACACGUACACGUUAGAGAAAUACAGUUGUGACUGUAGACACGUACAUGGUUUACUGACACUGUCUCUUUACAUGGUUUUACAGUUUUAAGUUUAGAUUUAAGCCUGGUUUCCCCCAUCUCCCUGCUCUUAGUUGAACAGUUUUAAGCCUGGUUUCCCCAUCUCCCUGCUGUUAGUUGAACAGUUUUAGAGCCUGGUUUCCCCAUCUCCCUGCUGUUAGUUGAACAGUUUUGAGCCUGGUUUCCCCAUCUCCCUGCUGUUAGUUGAACCGUUUUAAGCCUGGUUUCCCCAUCUCCCUGCUGUUGGGGGACUGGUCAAUAAAACACAAUAGGAACACCAUCAUUAUUACAGACAAGAUUUAUUUAUUCAAGUUCAAUAACACACUCUCUUCCUCUGCCACACUUUCUCUCUCAAGACAUAGAGGAGUACUCGCAGGAACAGAUCUGCCAGGUAAGGGACAUACAAACAAAACAUCCUCUGUCUGUCCUUGACGUGAUUUUAAUGGUUUUGCUGUGUGUUCUUGUCUCUGUUGUAGGAUCUUGUGACGUUCAUGGAUAAAAUGGUGGGUCCACUCCCAAUAAUCAGCCCUGUAUGUUAAUCUAUGUGGGUUAAGUAUUAAUCAGCCCUGUAUGUUAAUCUAUGAGGGUGAAGUAUUAAUCAGCCCUGUAUGUUAAUCUAUGAGGGUGAAGUAUUAAUCAGCCCUGUAUGUUAAUCUAUGUGGGUGAAGUAUUAAUCAGCCCUGUAUGUUAAUCUAUGAGGGUGAAGUAUUAAUCAGCCCUGUAUGUUAAUCUAUGAGGGUGAAGUAUUAAUCAGCCCUGUAUGUUAAUCUAUGAGGGUGAAGUAUUAGUCGCCACAUAGGCGGUGUGAUGCUACAGGAAGAGUUCAACGCUUCCUUUAAACCCCCCCCCUCCUUUCUUUCUUUCUGUCGCUCUCUCUCAGGGUAUUCCCCAGGUGACUCUGGUUGGUCAUGAUUGGGGUGGAGCUGUGGUCUGGAACAUGGCCCGAUGUCAUCCAGAGAGAGUCAGGUAGACACACCUUACGCAAAUGCAGCGCAACGGAGUAUGUGAACGUCGUUUUACGUCACAAAAUGGGCGGCUCCUUGUAGUUGCUUUUACCACAAAUGGGAAGACAACAAGAAAAUCUCUGCUAUCGCCCCCUUGUGUAUGUUGCUAUUGGGGGGUUUAGGAACACAUGGACCGGCAAGGGUAUCAUGUUACAAAAGGUGCACGUUGCUCCCAAAACAAUCUGACUCCACGCAAGAGCACGCACGUGUGUAGAUAGAUAAAUAGAUCUACGCACGUUAGGUGUGUGGUACCUUAACACACACACACACAGUCUUGUACAGCUAACCUUGUACACACACGUAUGCACACACACAUACACACACACUCCCUGAGACAGUAAAGUAAAGAAUUAAACCAAUACCUGGUGUGUGUGUGUGUGUGUGUGUGUGUGCAGAGCGGUAGCUUCUCUGAACACCCCUCUGUUCCCUGUGGACCCUUCCAAGGAUCCAAUGGAGUUCAUGAAGACUGUGCCCAUAUUUGACUACCAGCUCUACUUCCAGGACCCUGUAAGUGUGUGUGUGUGUGUGUGUGUGUGUGCGCGCACGCCCCUCUGCCGGUGUUAGAUCCCUGUUAGUGUGACCAGCUGGGUUUGACCCUAAGUCGUCGUCUGUACGUCACUAGGGGUAUACACCACUCAAGUUUUUGAUUAGUCUUUUUUUGUUGAUUGACACAAAGAAUCAAUGACUUAGACUGUCCCUUGUAGUUAGCUGCAGUCAUGUUUGCAAUAUGCAUAGAAAGUUAAUAGGCAUGGAUGUGUGUCACAAUAGUCAAACGUAAACACAACUGGAAACACCGCGUCAUUUUUGGAGACAGGUUAUUAUUGACACGGCAGCGCUACAGUAGCUAGCAAAAUAGCGUAGAAGCAAUUGCUAACUAGCUUUUUUUUAUUUUUAUGCAGGCUAGCUUAGCAUCUUGGCUAACUACGAGGCAAGACAAUUCACAUAUUUACCGUUAAUUAGCCACUGUAAAUCUUCUUGCUAGCUAGCACGACAGUGUCUCCAAAGUGGCAAUGUGUUUCCAUCAAUGUUUACUUUUUUGAUGUUGUGCGACGUCUCCACUUUUCCAAGGGUAUUGUUGUUUCCCAUUAGAAAUGAAAUGCAAACUUUCCUUAUGUAACUAAUCUCCAGGAUGUAGAAGAGUCUUCCCUUAUGGAACACUAUAUGCAUUGCGUUGCCAUCAGUGUCGUGUCAAUGUGACGUUCUACCUGCUACACAAAGCCUGUUUAGAGAGCAGAGGAGAGCAGAGGGGGAGAGCAGAGGAGAUCAUCUUUAUUCUAUUCCCCCCUACUGUACUGCACCAUAUUCAUCCAUUAUGCAUCAGUACAAUAGCUUUGGUAGCCAGGUCACCCGUUUAUAGAAGUCAGUAUUCGACGUCCAUCCAUGUCUGUGGACGUCGGAGAUGAUGUGGAAACCGGCCACUAGGGGCAACCAACAGUGAGCGCUGUUACCUUCAAGAAGGUUUGGGUUUUGCUAGGGUGUUGUGGAUGGAGAUGGUGGAUGGGCGUAAGCAUCUGACUGAUUCCAAAGGUUGGAAGUUCGAUAGAAAGUUGUUUUUAAGCCUAUCCCAAACCUUAACCAUUUGGAGUUAAUGUCUAAACUCAACCUUAAACACUCUAAAAUGUGAUGUUUGAACAACUUCGAAAUUUGACGUUUGAGAAACAUGGAUGAACGUCUCAUUCUGACGUGAGAUUGUGAAAGCUGGUUGGGCUUUGGUCCAGUUUUUCGCAAGUACUCAUUAAAUUGUUGCUAGUGGUUGUACUAAAUGAUCCUCUAAUUACACAAGCUGCUUUUAUUUACAUUGUGAACCUGGUCAAUGUAGAGUUUCUACUAGCUAGUAGCUUCUUGACUUCAUAAAUCUUAGUACAAUAACCAGUGGUGUAUAGUCGAGGCCAUAUUGCAACCAAAAUCAACUUUAUUUCUCAUUAUUUCAAUUCACAAAAUAGAAUGAACACGCGUCAGCCAUCGAGAAUUGAACCUCUGCGAUUUUUGAGCUUGGACCCUGCCAUUGGACGUGGCGCAACACGGGCAGUAUAGCAGCUUUCAUUGAUUUCAAAGGAAGCAUUUUCUCAAUGGCUGAAGGCUGAAGGCUGAUGGCUGAUGGCUGAUGGCAAUACCGGCCACCUGAUGGACUAUAGUGUAGCAUGACCGUAACUAAUCUACAGGGUGUAGCUAGCAGAGACCUUUCCUUAUGUAACUAAUCUACAGGGUGUAGCUAGCAGAGACCUUUCCUUAUGUAACUCAUCUACAGGGUGUAGCUAGCAGAGACCUUUCCUUAUGUAACUCAUCUACAGGGUGUAGCUAGCAGAGACCUUUCCUUAUGUAACUCAUCUACAGGGUGUAGCUAGCAGAGACCUUUCCUUAUGUAACUCAUCUACAGGGUGUAGCUAGCAGAGACCUUUCCUUAUGUAACUCAUCUACAGGGUGUAGCUAGCAGAGACCUUUCCUUAUGUAACUCAUCUACAGGGUGUAGCUAGCAGAGACCUUUCCUAUGUAACUCAUCUACAGGGUGUAGCUAGCAGAGACCUUUCCUUAUGUAACUCAUCUACAGGGGUAGCUAGCAGAGACCUUCCUUAUGUAACUCAUCUACACGAUGUAGCUAGCAGAGACCUUUCCUUAUGUAACUCAUCUACAGGGUGUACUAGCAGAGACCUUUCCUUAGUACUCAUCCUACAGGGUGUAGCUAGCAGAGACCUUCCUUAUGUAACACAUCUACAGGGUGAGCUAGCAGAGACCUUCCUUAUGUAACUCAUCUACAGGGUGUAGCUAGCAGAGACCUUUCCUUAUGUAACUCAUCUACAGGGUGUAGCUAGCAGGACCUUUCCUUAUGUAACUCAUCUACAGGGUGUAGCUAGCAGAGACCUUUCCUAUGUAACUCAUCUACAGGGUGUAGCUAGCAGAGACCUUUCCUUAUGUAACCAUCUACAGGGUGUAGCUAGCAGAGACCUUUCCUUAUGUAACUCAUCUACAGGGUUAGCUAGCAGAGACCUUCCUUAUGUAACUCAUCUACAGGGUGUAGCUAGCAGAGACCUUCCUUAUUAACCAUCUACAGGGUGUAGCUAGCAGAGACCUUUCCUUAGUAACUCAUCUACACGAUGUAGCUAGCAGAGACCUUUCCUUAUGUAACUCAUCUACAGGGUGUAGCUAGCGAGACCUUUCCUUAUGUAACUCAUCUACAGGGUGUAGCUAGCAGAGACCUUUCCUUAUGUAACUCAUCUACAGGGUGUAGCUAGCAGGACCUUUCCUUAUGAACUCAUCUACAGGGUGUAGCUAGCAGAGACCUUUCCUUAUGUAACUCAUCUACACGAUGUAGCUAGCAAGACCUUUCCUUAUGUAACUCAUCUACAGGGUGUAGCUAGCAGAGACCUUUCCUUAUGUAACUCAUCUACAGGUGUAGCUAGCAGAGACCUUUCCUUAUGUAACUAUCUACAGGGUGUAGCUAGCAGAGACCUUUCCUUAUGUAACUCAUCUACACGAUGUAGCUAGCAGAGACCUUUCCUAUGUAACUCAUCUACACGAUGUAGCUAGCAGAGACCUUUCCUUAUGUAACUCAUCUACAGGGUGUAGCUAGCAGAGACCUUUCCUUAGUAACUCAUCUACAGGGUGUAGCUAGCAGAGACCUUUCCUUAUGUAACUCAUCUACAGGGUUAGCUAGCAGAGACCUUUCCUAUGUAAUCAUCUACAGGUUAGCUAGCAGAGACCUUUCCUUAUGUAACUCACUCUACAGGGUGUAGCUAGCAGAGACCUUUCCUAUGUAACUCAUCUACAGGGUGUAGCUAGCAGAGACCUUUCCUUAUGUAACUCAUCUACAGGGUGUAGCAGAGGCUGAGUUGGAGAAAGACCUGGCAAGGACCUUCAAGAUCUUCUUCUCUGGCAGUGGAGAUAAGGUGACACCCACACACACGCAGACCCACCCACACGCACGCACGCAGACCCACACAUACACACACGCAGACCCACACACACACACGCAGACCCACCACACGCACGCAGACCCACACACACGCACGCAGACCCCACGCUACCAGAGCCCACACAGAACCACCAUACACACACGCGACCCACACACACACACGCAGACCCCACACACAACGCAGACCACACACACACACGCAGACCCACACACACACACGCAGACCCACACACACACACGCAGAACCCACACUACCAACAUAACCAGCAACCCACACACACACCAACGCACCACAACACGCAGACCCACACACACACACGCAGACCCACACACACACACGCAGACCCACACACACACACGCAGACCCACACACACACACGCAGACCCACACACACACACGCAGACCCCACACACGCAGACCCACACACCACACACGCAGACCCACCACACGCAACGCAGACCCACACACACACACGCCAGACCCACACACCACACACACACUCAGACCCACAACACACACGCAGACCCACAACACACGCAGACCCACCACACACACACACACACGCAGACCCACACACACACACACGCAGACCCACACACACACACGCAGACCACACCACACACACGCAGACCCACACAUACACACACGCAUCCCACACACACACACCAGACCCACACACACACACGCAACCCACACACCACACACACGCAGACAGACCCACACGCGCAGACAGACCCACACACGCAGACCCACACACACACACGCAGACAGACCCACACACGCAGACAGACCCACACACACACACGCAGACCCACACACACACACACACACACACACACACACACACUCUCUCUCGUGAAUCAUCUCUAUUGUGUUGUUCUCCAGGAUAAUGUUCCUGAGAUCAACACUGCUGGAGUUUGUGCCAGAGGUGAGUCAAGAAGUGAAACUUACAUUCUGAUUGGAGGCUUGGGGCUGAAGGGUUGACCUAUGGCAUUCAACUAAUCAACUGACUGGAUUGACAAUACUGUGCUGUAAAUCUUAUGCAACAUAAUGCAUUGCUGUCAAUCAAUCUUCACAAUGUGUGUGUUGUGUGCAGGUGGUCUGUUUGUAGGACUACCAGAGGAGAUGCCAAGGAGUUCUAUCCUCAGUGAGACUGCUCUGCAGUUCUACAUCACUCAGUUCAAAGACAAGGGAUUCAGGUAUACACACACACACACACACACACACACAGACACUAGGAGGAGGAGGAAGUGACAGUGUUGUGUUUUCCAGAGGGCCGUUGAACUGGUACCGUAAUGUUGUGAGCAACUGGAAAUGGCUAUGCUCCCGACCCAGGGCUAAGGUAGGUGUGUGUGUUGUGUGUGUUGUAUGUUUACACAGUUACAGUACAUGUUGAUGAAUGAUGCGCUUUCCUGCUGUUGAUGCCAGCUCUCAUGGUGACCGCUGGUAAAGAUCCUGUUCUGCUGUGUGUGUGUGUGUGUGUGUGUGUGUGUGUGUGUGUGUGUGUGUGUGUGUGUGUGUGUGUGUGUGUGUAGCUCUUGAUGCCAGCUCUCAUGGUGACCGCUGGUAAAGAUCCUGUUCUGCUGCCUGUCUUCUCCAAGGGAAUGGAAAACAUGGUGAGACCACACACACACACACACACACACACAUUUAUACACACAUAUGUAUACAUGUAAUUGACAUAUGUGACUGUGUCAUCUCUGUGUGCCAGAUCCCCAACCUAACAAGAGGACACAUCGAGGAGUGUGGACACUGGACCCAGAUGGAAAGGUGGGCCCCAGUGUGUGUGUGUGUGUUUGUCCUUGCACAGAUCAAUAGAGGGCUGACUGUGUGAACUCUGCAGUCAGCCUCCAGUUAGUCACCAGAAUGACUAACUGGACCCCCGACCACUGAUCUAAAGCCCUGCUGAGGGAGACUGGGUCAAGUAGGGGUUAAAGGUUAUAGGGUCACUGCUGCUCUGCUCCGUAUGUUAAAGCUGUGUCUAAGGCAGUUGGUGCUUUUUGUGGUAUAAACUGUGUGUACAGUGUAUUGGUUAAAACAGUUGUGUAUAUUGGCAAACACUGUAUGUGGCAUAACUUGGGUGUUUAUUGUGUGUGUGUGUUUGUGUUUGUGUCAGGCCGUCUGAGCUGAACACCAUUCUGAUCUCCUGGCUGAAGGACACUCACUACAACACUGGGGUUGCCAUGACACCCAAACUGUGAUCAGUUACCAGGACAACUUAUUCCUUUAGUGCACUACUUUUGAAGUGCACUUUUGUAGUGCACUGUGGAAUAAUCUGUUAAUUCAAAAUUGUUUUCUAAACUGUAUGAUCACCUUAUUACAAACAGCAACAUUUGACCCUUCUAAAGUGAGACGCACAGUGCACAAAUAGGCUGCACCAACUGCCACAACACCUCUAGCAUGAGGUCUCAAAACGUCCCUUUUGAGACAUUUCAUGAGAAAGGACGACUGACUAUACGCUGAGUGUACAAAAUAUUAAGGACUCCUGCUCUUUCCAUGACUUAAGCCCUAUUCGCACGGGACUAGUAUUACUAUAGGAGGGCGGUUAUGUCAUUAUUACCCCAGCAUGUCUGUUUUUCCAGUGGACGAUUCGGACGGGAUUAGUUUUACCAAACUGCCCCUGUAAUUCAUUUUUCCCCCUCAUUGACCGUUAUGAUGGAAGCCUGGAGGCUCUUCUCGGCGUGAAGACAGUUAAAAUGUCUAGGGAUCAACCAUCUCUGUCUCACGUCUCACGAUAUUACAGAGUUUGAACAGGUGAUGCACCCAGUUUGGGUAAGAACAUGGGAACAAAUUGAUAGUUA